AUGGGGAGCUCCCCAAUCCCCACCAGCCUCCGAAACUCACUCACGAGAACGAAUAUCCGUCCGACAGGUAAUUACAUAGCUUUGAGUAGAGACAUAAUCCGUAACUUGCUCUUUUUCUUCUUUCUCUUGCGAUGGACACGAAAGACUGUUCUACAACUCAGAGGGUAUGGACUGUUUGGGAGCAUAUUACAAGCCUACCGAUCGGCCAGAAGAAUUACUUAUGGAGCAGUCUUCAGUCUGCCAGGCGUGCAUUCACGAAUACAGAAGCAAGUCACAGAAGCAAUCUCCAAAUUAGAAGAGAAACUUGUUCCUAAAGGUCCCGGAACGAGUCGGUACCUGAAGUUGCCCCAUGAAGCUUGGACGGACGAACAGAUCAGGACUGAACUUGAAGUCCUCGGGAAGAUGGAACACACACGAUGGGAAGACGGCCAUGUUAGCGGUGCCGUCUAUCAUGGUGGUGACAACUUGAUCAAGAUGCAGGCAGAAGCAUUCCAGAAGUUCAGCGUUGCGAAUCCAAUACACCCGGAUGUGUUUCCUGGCGUCCGAAAGAUGGAAGCAGAGGUUGUGGCAAUGGUCUUGUCAAUGUUUAACGCGCCUUCAGGAGCUGCCGGCGUGACUACAAGCGGUGGGACAGAGUCGAUAUUGAUGGCUUGCUUGAGCGCCAGGGAGAAGGCGAGGACCGAAAGAGGGGUCACGGAACCAGAAAUGAUUAUUCCAGAGACAGCACAUGCUGCUUUUCACAAAGCAGGCUCAUAUUUCGGCAUCAAGGUCCACCAUGUGGCAUGCCCAGCACCUACCCAUACCGUACAUAUUCCCAGUGUCUCGAGACUCAUCAAUAGCAACACUAUCCUCCUCGUUGGGUCAGCUCCAAAUUUUCCACAUGGAGUGAUCGACGAUAUAGCUGCACUGUCACGGCUCGCACUUCGAAAGAAAGGGUACCUUCCACUGCAUGUUGAUUGCUGCCUUGGCUCCUUCCUGGUCCCUUUCCUUGAAAAGGUUGGCUUUCCUACCGUACCCUUUGACUUUAGAGUCAAAGGCGUAACCAGCAUCAGCUGUGAUACUCAUAAAUAUGGAUUUGCACCAAAGGGGAACUCGACUCUGCUCUAUCGUAAUCCGUCGCUUCGCAAAUAUCAGUACUUCGUCUCUCCAGGAUGGUCUGGAGGUGUCUAUGCAUCACCCAGCAUGGCUGGUUCACGACCAGGUGCACUCAUUGCAGGCUGUUGGGCCAGUCUGAUGUCUCAGGGCGAAAGUGGAUACUCAGAAGCCUGUUCAAAGAUUGUCGGAGCUGCAAAGAAGAUCGAAACAGCUAUUCGCGAGAACCCGAUACUACAUGACGAUCUCAGCAUCAUCGGGAGGCCGCUCGUGAGUGUUGUAGCAUUCACGUCCAAGAGCUUAAAUAUCUACGACUUGGCAGACGCAAUGUCCGCGAAGGGUUGGCAUUUGAAUGCGCUCCAGAACCCACCUGGAAUUCACGUAGCCGUGACUUUACCAAUAGUAGCCGCCGUGGAUCAGCUCAUAGCGGACAUUGUAGCCGUUGUCGAAGAGGAGAAGGAGCAGGAGAGAGUUCGAAUUGCUGAAGGCAAGAAGGCACAUGGUGGAGCCAAAGGAGAUGCAGCCGCUCUCUACGGCGUGGCUGGUAGUAUCCCCGAUAAGACUGUGGUUGUGCAACUAGCGGGAGGGUUCCUGGACACUCUGUACAAAGCGUGA